AUACACUAUAAAGAAGAGUUUAAAAAAUCUAAAGGCAAGUGCAUAUUUGUACCUGACACCCCGCAGCUAAAACAUGUGAAAAGUGUCGGUGCUUUUAUUUCUGAGGUGAAGUAUAAAGGAGCUGCUAAGAAAGACCUUCCCAACUCUCUUUAUCAGCAGAUGUCAUCCACAACUGACAGUGUAUUUGCAAAAGAAUUAAUGCAGCUUCAGAGCCAGGUUCUCUAUAAACAAAAACAUGAUGCUGAGAGAGGAAUCUCAGAUUAUGCCCAUAUGAAGGAGCCUCCAGAUGUUAAGCAUGCCAUGGAAGUCAGUAAACACCAGAGCAAUGUAUCCUAUAAGAAGGAUGUGCAAGAUACUCAUAGGUACACUGAAGUGCUGAACAGGCCAGACAUAAAGAUGGCAACUGGGAUAACAAAGAUAAUAAGUGAUGCUGAGUACAAGAAAGGAAGGGGAGAGAUGAAUAAGGAGACUGCAGUGCUUGGAAGACCAGAUUUUGAACAUGCUAAAGGGGUUUCAAAACUUUUCAGCCAAGUAAGAUUCUCCAUCAUUUUACAAA